AUGGGAAGCCAACAGGCAGCUGUUUCGUUCCUUUCCAAUUUGGCGAAGGCGGCUUUCGGCCUGGGAACGGCGGUGACGGUGCUGAAUUCGUCGCUUUUCACCGUUGACGGCGGAGAGAGAGCGGUGCUCUUCGAUCGAUUCAAGGGAGUAAUGGAUCAGACGGUCGGCGAAGGGACUCACUUCCUGAUACCGUUUCUCCAGAAGCCUCACAUCUUCGACAUCCGCACGAAGCCUCACACAUUCUCUUCAAUCUCGGGUACGAAGGAUCUCCAGAUGGUCAAUCUCACCCUUCGUGUUCUCUCUCGCCCUGAGGUUAUGCGUCUCCCAUACAUAUUCCAAACACUGGGUGUAGAGUAUGACGAGAAGGUUCUUCCUUCGAUUGGAAACGAGGUGUUAAAAGCAGUGGUUGCACAGUUCAACGCCGACCAGCUCCUCACAGAGCGUCCUCACGUCUCGGCACUCGUUCGCGAGUCACUGAUCAAACGCGCCAAGGACUUCAACAUUGUGCUCGACGAUGUCGCCAUCACACACUUGUCCUACGGCGUGGAGUUCUCGAGAGCCGUUGAGCAGAAACAAGUGGCUCAGCAAGAAGCGGAGAGGUCGAAGUUUGUGGUGAUGAAGGCUGAUCAAGAGAGGAGAGCCGCGGUUAUAAGAGCGGAAGGUGAGAGCGAAGCUGCUCAGCUGAUCUCUGAUGCUACGGCUAAGGCAGGGAUGGGACUUAUCGAGCUUAGGAGGAUAGAGGCUUCGAGGGAGAUUGCAGCCACGCUUGCUCGGUCUCCUAAUGUGGCUUACUUGCCCGGUGGUCAGAGCAUGCUCUUCUCUCUGAACCGUUGA